AUGAUUUUUAUCUGUUUCGGAAGUUUUAUAUUCUUGGCGUAUUUCGCUGUAAGUGAAAAUUUGCUGUAUUUAAAAAUGCCUUUCUAGUUUGCUGACAACAUUUGGUUUCUUUUUUGACCGGCAAAACCGUGAUUUUUAAGGCGUAAUUCGUAGUCACUUGUAAUUGUGCUUUCUUGAUUUUGUUUGCAUAGAAAAGUGUGAGUCUUAAACUUAUGUUGUUGCUAUUCACUUGUCCAGUUUCCCCAAUCAGUAUUUAUUGCCCCUUCUAUUAUGUCGACAGCACAACAGAAAUGCUUUCAUAGCUUGAAGCUUGAAUCUUUUUCCUUCUUAGAUUCCUGUUUCAACUUCAAGAAAACAAGUUCGCCCAGAAGGUAAUCUACUUAUUCAUUUGUUUUUAAACUGAACUAUCAUACUUCACAUUUUUCGCAGGAAAACCAAAUAUAUGGUAAAAUCAACUUCCUCAAGUUCAACGCUGAUUUUGAAAUCUAGAGUUUGAAUAGCAAAAAGCAACGUUCACUUUUAUCGUGUAAAAUAAAUUUAGAAACUAAUUUGGCGGUUCAUCUUUACUUAAAAAAAAAAACAACAUUACUAAGUAUAGAAAUUAAUAAGACUAGUAAAUUUUGUUGGUAAAGUAAUGACAUUAAUAAUGAUAUAAUUGCACAACUUUUACUUGCAGUUUUGAACACUUUUAAGUACUAGACAUAAACUUAGUGCAAACAGAAACAGCCUAAAGGUAAUCCUUUAAAGAGAUAGAUCUCUUUGAAAAAUUUAAUUCUGUGUCGCGCAUAUUUUUCAAAGUAGAAGUACGCUUGUCUUUUGACGCAGUUUCGAAACAAACGGAUAUAAAAUUUUAUUUAGAGCAAGUAGGUGUCCUUACACCAAAAGGUCUUCUUCGGCCAAGAAAUAUUCCCGAACUAGUGGCACUCAAAAGUGAGAAAAUUUAAGAUUCUUCGGUUGCUAACCGAAAAAAUAUUGAAUAAUUAAUGCCAGAACAGUCGAUAGCCUAAUUUAGGACAGACUGGAUCUUAUUGUACUUCUUGCGGUUUGUUCAAUUAUGAAGUAGUUAUUUAAAAGAUACGUAUGAGUACAAACUGAGAUAAUUGUUAAAAAACCAAGACCGUUCUGUUAAUGAAGUUGCGUGAAAUGGAGUUCCCCUUUAAAACAAAAUACACCGAAUCAUAUUCUGAAUUUUAGGCGGUUUUACAUUGUGCUUUUUAACAACAUUGUCCAGGCUUAUUUUGGAAUGGAUUUUCUUUGAUCUACCAACUUAAUACGUGCCGUGGAUGACCUCGAGGGGGCAAAUGACCCACGUUUGGGCAUUGUGGUUCCGCUGACGGUUUUGAACCAUUACCCUGUUUGUGAAAAAGGGAAACCAAUAAAAACCUAAAAAAAACUACUGUGUUCAACAACUGUGACAACAUGCACCUCUAUUUUAGAUCCGAACAUAACAUUUAUAAUAGGUGAUAAUAUACACGCUCUUUUGAUUCUUUAUGAGAAAAAAAACCAGUUUAAAACGUAACAAGCUCCAAUAAAAUUGUAUAACCAGUCCAGGGCAUUUCUUCAAACUCCCGAACAGUUUUUUAUAUCCAAUUUUCAACGAUCCUUGAGAGGUUUUGUGCAAAGUACGCCUGAACGUACUUUCGAUCUGGUAAAUUUCUCAAGUUUUUCAAUUUUAUUUUUAUUUAAAAUCACAUUUGUGCGAGCCAAACAGGCCAAAGUGCCCCACCCUAUCGAUGAUGCUGUGCUGUUUUAAUUUUAAGAAUAAAUACAUUUCGUAAAUCUGCUAUCAACUCUUGAAUACCACACGUGACCAACAGAUACAGCUAUACUUAAUAAUCCCUGAUCACUUCCUUAUCAACAUUUAACGUCAUGACAAUAGAGGCAAUGAUCUUCAAACUCUCUUCACUGGCACCAAAACAAUUUUAUGGGGAACAGUGUGGAGAAUAUGUAUUUAAAUAAGGGGAUUUCAAGGGGUUCCCUAACAACUGAGAAUCGAGCCCACCUCCUCAUGUAAUACCUACAAGAAGACGAUAUUCCUCUUAAUCGUCAUCAUUAUCAGACCUCUUCGUUCCCGAUAGAACACAGGUCCUCCACUUAUGCUCGCCAUCUGACCCUAUUUUGAGCAAAGACUUUUGCUUCUGGCCAAGUAAGUCCUUUUUCUUCAAGUUCUAACAUCAUUGUGCGCCUUCAAGUGUUUAGGGGUCUCCCUCUCUGACGAUUCCCCUGUGGGGUCUCAAAUGCUGUCUUAGCCACAUGUCUGUUUGGUCUCCUUAGUUUGUGGCCAGUCCAUCGCCAUGUUCAUUCUUUUACCUCCUCCUUUAUCACCUGCGCAUGCUGCCCUGAUUGUCUCCACAGCUUUUCAUUUUGGAUACUCCUAUUAUUUUUUUCAGAGCACCUUGGGUGUUAUAAGAUAUCCGCAGAGAAUCGUGUGUUCGUAUCAAGUCCAGGGGAUUAUGAUAUGGAGGAUAUUAGCCCUCUGCACUGUCUGAGGCAGUGCGGCAGGAAAUAUCGGUAUGCUACUCUACAAGAGGGCAAUGUCUGUCUGUGCGCCAACACACUACCAACUGCUGGCCAAGUGAAUGGUUCUGAGUGCAAUAUGACAUGUCCAGGCCAUGAUUCUUGGCCCAUUAACGAUCAAGCACUUAGGUGAGAAAAACUUAGUUGGUCAUUUAUAUUCCGCAGAUUUCCAUGCAGUCUUUGACGAUUUUGUGAUUGUGAAAGGAAAAAUCAAAGGUGUGAAGGACGCCCGAUUCUUGAGAAGACCUGGAUCAGUAAAAACCGUCAAUACGAAACAUUUUGUUAAUAGUCAUUUGACUAGGAAUGCCGUUUUUGCUGACUCUCUAACUAUGAGUUUAUUUCAAAUAGAACGAAAAUUCACAAUUACAUGUCCUAGACCAACAAGUUUGCAGCCUAUCGCGAUAGGUACGUUUGAGCAACCGGGGCCUGGUUUUUAACAAGAGAAGGGAAAAAGGGUCAAGAGCUUUAAUGCGGCCGGUCAUUCUGUCGAGGUGGUCAUAAAGAAAAUACAGGGACUUCGAGGAUUUCUUCCAUUCGUUUAUGUCCCCUCGUAUUGUUGAUACGUUCGCAGAUUGAAAUUAGGAUGGUUCUUAAAGUACGUAGAACUAAGCAGCUUCCUUUGGAGUUACGAGUUUGAUGAUGAUUGGAAUUUGUCGGUAAUAUGCUACAAGACUUGUUUCCUUCCAUGUGGAAGUUGGCAAGGCUGAGGACUCGCACCUAUGUGGCCUAGGUUCGAAUUCCGGAGGGGCUUAAUAUGUACGUUGAGGUUGUUGUUUGUUCUCGUCCUCGCUGCAAGGCAUUCCCCCCCACCCCCCCCCAGAUACCUCGCAGUUUCCGGCUUUCUCUUUUAAAACGACAGUUCAAUGUGGAGUGUACGAACCCCUUCAAACGAUUUCUUAAAAUGUUUUAAGUGCUUUGUGGGUAAACAAGUUACAUUUACAUUUUAUUUGGUAGAGUCAUCAGUUUUCAAUAACACGUGAUUCUCUUUUUAUUUUCUCCCAGAUGCGGAGGACGACUUCGUAACAGCAUUUAUUCUGCAUCCGAAAGAAUAUUGGGACUCAGUCUCAUGAAGAGUGGGCCACUGCCUGUUCUGAAACCGGUGACAAUAUCCGGGAAAAUGAUCAACGGAAUGAAUGUCACCUUCACGUUCUCACUCGGAGAUGGCUCCCGGACACUGCAGCCUGUGGACAACCCACAAGUCCAUCACAUUUAUGACCAGCCAGGGUCGUACAUAGUUUCUAUGACAGCUACGAAUCUCGUCACAGGCUCCAUUACUGUGACAGAGGUACCAUGGCUAAUAUAUAGGGAGAUGAUCAGGGACUUAUCCUUCCACUCUCAAAUCAAAAUUUAGCGGGGGGAAAGUCACAACCUUCAUCUGGAAAAUAAAUUAUUACAGAUUCAAAUUAUUACUCAAGAGGCAGUUUUUAUGGUUACUCCUAAGUGAUUGCGUCUAUAUAGUCAAAAGGUUAUGUUACAAGUUUAAACUUCCAGAUUACCACCUAACGUUGUGAUGGAUGUAUCAGACAUCGCUAAAAAUGUAGAACAAAAACCUAAAUGUAAUGUUCAAGGCUAAAGAAACGCGAGUCGAGAUGGAUAAAAGUUUCUAUAGUGACCAAUAUCUCGAACAGUAAAAGACUAGUUUCACUGGGGCUUUCUUUAUUUCAGUCUUGCAUAUUAUGUUUCUUUUCUCUUUUAAAACCUCAAGUUGAACUGAAUUAAUAAUUGUCGAAACGGUACGAAAAAGAAUCAUCGGAAUUUGUAGAAAGUACAUAUUAAUCAACUGUGAAUUAGUCAAAUAAUAUAAUUGUAAUGCCAGGCUCACAGGUAAGCGAAGAUAUGUCUCAUUUCGUUACUCCUUGUCGUCUUUACAGAUGUAUGAUGUGGAUGAUCCCUUGGGACCUGUAGAGUUACACUGUCCGCGCUCGGUUCCCUUAGGAUCGUGGGUGGAGUGUAAUGGAACUCUCGUUCGGGGAACAAGAGUUAACAACACUUUCUCCUUCGGAGACGGGCAAUACGAGUUCAUUUCCUUGAGUAAGUGACCUAGAAGAAUCCCAGAGGUUUUCUUUCCUCCUUCUCCUCAAACGAUUCGGCCAGUCUUCGCCACUUCGCAUGUGAAGUUUCUUUCAGGAGAAAAAAAACUUCUGAAACUUUUGAAGAGUGAUGAUAACAAAAGUCAAUCGACGCUUCUAAUACAACAGUAAAUUAAUACUGAUUCGAAGCAAAGAAAGACCCAACAGCAGCAGGAUAAAAAUACAUUGAACAAACUAUCAGCUUGGUAAAUACGCUUCUUCCUUUUCAAGGUUUUUCUCCAUCUCUUCAAAUUUAUGCACACUAAGGCAAUGACCAUAUUUUAGCAUAAUUACUAUUCACUAUACUUCGUUAGGUGCCCGCUAUUACAGUGCCGGUCCACGAAUUCCUCGAGAAAACGACUCAUCAUCUUUCAUCUCGUCGAGUCCCCAGGGAAUUAUCGUAUCCCCGCCGUACGAGUUCCGUCAUGACGGUAGAGUCACAGAGUGGGAAUUUGAAGCUGUAAAACAAGGGAUCGUAAUAUUGCUGGUGAGCGAGCUACCUCUUUGAUCUGCUGUAGGGUUUUCUUAGCUCUGCUUAUCAGGCAAAAUUUUACCUGGAAAUAGUUCUCACUUUUUUCCACUGUAAUCCCUUCGCCGCUUUUUCUUCAUCUUUUUGCUUCUUCACUUUCAGAUUUCUUUCAUUGAUGUGUUUUGGUCCAACAACCUGACAAAACUAACUAGCUUGUACCCGUUUCGGACGAACGUAACAGUAAAGUAAUAGAAUGCUCUGCAAUUGGUGAAACGUGAUAAACCAGUUUCGACCGGUAAAAUAAAUUAUAAUUGCGAACGUUAGGGCUUGGCUCAGAAGCCGUACUUCACAUGACCCGAAUCCAAUUCGAAUUUAGCCCGACUCUACUUAAUCAAGUCGGUAAAAUUGAUUCAGACGCCGAUCUUUAUUCUAGCCGAACUAAAUUCAAUAGGGAAAAAACGCGCAUUUUGUUAAACUGCAUUACAAAUAUUUAUGCAUUUGGUUCAGCUCAUUCGAAGUUCUUGGCGUCUGAAUCAAGGCCGGUCCAUAGCCGUUAUUCCCGGCUGAGCCAGGCGUCAAGCACGGCUAAGCAGAUCCAAAUUCAAUUAGCAAUUUUGAAAUUGAUUCAGAAGCCACACUUCACAUGAACUUAAUUCCCUGAAUUCGAUUCGGCUCAUGUGAAGUACGCCGUCUGAUAAGGGCAUUAAAUUUUUUUUGAUGUUUCUUGCUAUUUUCAGAUCCUCCGGCCGAAGUGUGCUGCUGGCGAGAAAUAUUGCUUGUCCGGCAAGUCCUGUUUACCCAGCAGUGACAGAUGUGAACCCAUCAAUAUAAACAGAUGUCAGCCUUGGGAAAUAUAUUGCAUAUUCCGACGUACUUGUAUUGCCAAUACAACCCAAAGUAACACCUCCUGUGAACCUCUGGCGCCAUACCAGAGUGAAGCACCUCGAGCGGAUUAUGAACUCAUAUCGGAAAAUCGAAUCCAAAUAGAUACAAUCGGGCAUCAUAUCAAGAGUUUGCCGAUCGAUGAGCAACCCUCGGUGAAACAAGGAGAUGUACUCGGGUGGAUUCCCGAAGGUGGAGAGCUCGCGUUCGCGAUUGUAACACCAGCUGAAGGUGCAGCGUUUGAUUUUGAGAACAGCGGUAAGCCAAACCUAGGAGAAACACUCCUUCGAACAAGCAAUCACAGCGUACACCACAAGCACUACAUAAUGGCAGCGCAUUACGUGCACGCGACAGAUUUCGUCAUACGUCAUCUGUAUAACAGCACUGGAAUGAAGCAUGUAUCUUCUAACAUCACACAAACGCUUUCUGUGGCCGUGGAUAUACCUGUUGGAGGCGAAAUCUUCAUGACUCACUCUAAAGUCGUGAACACGAUCGAUUCUGUUGAGUUUAGUAUUGCAUGGCACGUAGGCUCAAACGUUAGCUAUUUCUGGGAUUUUGGGGAUGGCAAUCGUCUGAUAACCCAGACCAAUGUGACUUAUUACACAUUCAAGUCUCCUGGAAACUAUCACAUCACCCUUAUUGUUGCAAACUCUGUGAACCAAAAGGUUCUACACAGUCACAUUUCCGUGUUCGAAAUGAUUCAAGGAUUACGAUUCGCUAGGCAAAUCGAAGCUCGAGCGACUGGCUUACCAACAGAAAUAGAAUGGGAAACUGCCGAAGGUACCAAUCUUACCUUUAUCGUGGAUUUCGGAGACGAAAGUCCUCGUUAUGAAACGACUACAGUACUCAAAGAGAGUCGAAGAGGAUUCAUCUUACAUAACUAUGCUGCCGUGGGAAACUACACGGUCACCGUCUUCGCUUUCAACUUGGUUGGACCCAAUAUUUCCAUCACUUCUCAGGCCGUUGUAGAAAUUCCAGUCACUGACGUCGUUUUCACAAUCCCUGCUCCGCAUGUCACACAGACGGUUUAUUUCGCGGUGGGAGACACGGUGACAGUCAAUCGGGAAGUUCAAAAUGGAACCAAUGUCAAGUGCGCGUUUGACUUCAAAGACGGAUCACCUCCCACUAUAAGCACAAAAUAUAACACGAGCCACGUGUAUACCACUAAUGGAACGUACAAGGUAGAAAUCACUUGUUUUAAUGCCGUGAACUCCGUCAAGCGACUUCUCAACGCAACCCUGGUGGUGCAGAAUCUCGAAAACAUUACCGGACUGAUUUUAAGAGCUUCCCCAUCGGUUUUUGGCACGAACUCGAGCAUUACAGUUGAGAUGACUACCGGGACUGUUUUCGUCUGUACAGUUAGUUUUGGGGACGGCGAAACAUUUCAGAUCGACUACUCUCAUCUUGGAAAAGUACUUUAUCAUCAAUUUUCGGCCGUUGGUUCUUACAAUUCCUCCGUGCGUUGCCAGAAUCGGUUGGGGAACGAAGAGUAUGCAAAAAUUCUCGAAGUAGACAUUCCAGUCAAAGACGUAACCGUUACAAGUGGCAAGAGAUUCAUACGGGUACAUGAAAACAUUUUUAUUGACGUUACAGUGAGAGAAGGUUCUCGGAUGAAAUACUCGUGGGAUUUUAAUGAUGGUAGUACAUACGAUGCUUAUCACGCUGUCGUAGAGGAUAACGACCUGGUAUCUCGUAGUCAUGCGUAUGCUUACUCAGGUGAAUUUUCAGUAAAUGUCACAGUUUCCAAUUCUCUGUCUUCGAUCGCUGUUGAGUUGCCACAUACCUUGGUAGUAGAGUUCCCGGUUGCAAACAUCUUCAUCAGUACAAAUAGUCCCGUUAGGCUUAAUCCUGGUCGGGUAACUUUCCACCUAAAUUUGUCAGACAAUGCAACGCCUCCAACAAACGCCAUCUGCGUCUGGAAUUUUAGUGAUGGGUCUAUUCCCACAGUCACAGAGAGUUUGAAAAUUUCACCCAUGCAACCCUUCGAACAUGUCCACAAGUAUAAAAGAGAAGGGAUUUUUUCUACCUCUGUCAACAUUUCCAACAAUGUUAGUAGCCUACUAUUAACGGCUGAAGUUGACGUGCAGAAACUCAUAGAUUUAGUGCUAACCGCGGAACGUUUUGAAGACGGAGCUCGGAGCAAAGGAUUUGGUGAGCUGAAAAACUAUUUCCGUUCUAAGGAAGUUGUACUUUUUAACGUGACUUCUCAACUAAAAGAUAUCAAGUACAUUUGGCAUUUCGGUGAUGGUUCAACGCCGGGUAUAACCACCGAGCCCUAUACCGCUCACGUAUUUAAUCAUUCCGGAACGUAUACAGUUUCGGUGGAAGUGGACAAUAUUCUGGCAAAAAUGUCCACAAGCAAAGAGAUAAUCAUCCAAAAAGCUGUUGGAGCUAUAUCGGUAAACUCAAGUUAUCCGACAUACUUGGGAGAUUUGACAUAUUUCACAAUCGAUGUUGAAGAGCCGGGUACAGACAUGUGCAUUGUUCUUGACUUUAAAGAUUCGUAUACGGCUCAUUUUGGUGACGAACGCUGUAACCGAGGCUUGUUACCUCCAAAGCACGUUUACUACGAGUUCAGUGCCAAUCAGACGCGCGCUAACCUGAACCAUAGUUUCGGCGCCAUGGACACAUACGCUGUCGAAAUGAAUGCCAGCAAUGUCGUUUCUUCAACAGUUGCGGUUACUCUUGUGAACAUUACCAGCAAUCCAUGUGAUGUGCCUACCGUGACAAUAGUUGGUGACGGAUCUGAAUCUCCACCCUCCAAAAUAAAGAGGUCACAAAAAUUAUUGCUUAAACACCGAGCAGAGUACAAUUGUCCUGUGGCCGCUAGUCUCUUGUUUAAGUGGAGCGUGUUUCAAGUUACGCUUGACGAUCGAAAUGACGAAAGUAAACCAUUUGAAUUGCCCUGUCCAAAAGGUCAGGGCGAUUGCUCUUUAAGGGAGAUAGCACUUCCCUCCACACCAAGCGAUUUGGAGAGAGCUGAUUUAGUCGUCAACAAAGGGACACUUCCGUUUGGUCAUAUCAAGGUUGUCCUCAAACUGGGUUUCAACGGUACGGACAGGGAUUUGUCGGACAUCUUUACUACUUCCUCCGUUGAGAUUGAGGUUGAGCGUUCAGAAUUGGUGGCAGUUAUAAGAGGUAAGUUAGGAAUUGCUUCUUCAGGGCUUGUACUUGUGGGGAAAAACCCGGAAAGUCAUAGAAUUUAAGAAUUUCAUUUCCAGACCGGAAAAAUUAUGGAAUGUAAUCGUCGGUUGUGUAAAGCCAUGAAAAAUCUAAGGUAUGUUUGGUAGAUUAAUCACUGUAGAAGUCAAAGCAAGGACGAAAGGAAUGAAAUAAAGUAAAGUAUUAAAUAGUUCGAACGGCACACAUUUUGGCGAACAUCAGAGGCUAUGAAGGUCUUUUGAUCUGAGUGAUGUUGGAAAAUACCCUAAAACAAAAUAGAAUAGCUUUGAAAAUUUCCGAAAGUGACAGCUAAGGUCAUGGAAAGAAGAAUACAGGAUUCCUGAUCUGCCAGCAGCCAGGGCACGUUAGGGAGCCCGUUUCCACUCCCUCUGUUUUGUCUUCAGGUCAAAGUUUUGAUAGUGAUAGAGAUUACUAAGCAACCUACACGUCUUGAGGCAACUGUAACCCGAGUUCUCGGGCAGAACAGUACCGUAUUUUCAUUACUAAAGUGGCUGCAUUUUUCAAAAGGACAAAAGUCCUGCUUCAAUGAAGCUUCAAGGUUUGUUUGAUGUUCAUUAAAGAGACUUUUUGCUGAAAAGCAUGGAUGCAUGGUCCAGGCUAAAUGAUGAGAAAUAUAUUCCUAAAAUUUGGAGCGUGUCGUUUAGAUGCACAACACUUGAAAAUAUGCUUGCAUUAGUUCGUUAAAACGUUACAAUUUUGUGUCACUCUGAGAUGAUGUUCUGAUAUGCUCAGUUUCCUUUCUCUUUAGGGGGUUCUAUGCGCUCGAUUGGUUACGAGUUACCCCUUACUCUUGACGCCUCAGCCUCUUCAGACCCGGACGUUCCUGGCGACAUUAGUGGCAUUACGUUCACUUGGAUGUGUCGGAGAAAGGGCGAAGAUUUCCCGACGACUGAUCCGGAUCCGAACAGUGAAGGCGGCUGUUGGAAAAACGGAACUUACGAAUUCGGAGGCAACAGCAGACAGGUUGUUGUGAACACCGGUGAUUUCUACCAGAAACAAUAUUACAAUUUUAGACUCACGAUCUCCACAGAUUCGCGCGAGGCUCACUUUGACCAAAUGGUUGAAGUUCUCGUCGGGCAACCUCCUACCAUGGUGAUAGUGUAAGGUUUUAUUUUAUUUUUCUUGUCUUCUUGUAUACUGACGCGUUAAUCUUAUUUUGUAAGAAGUGCAGUUAUCUCUGCAGUCAAAGAUUGGUGGGUCAAACCUUAGUUUUCAGGUGAAAAAAAACCCGGUCCGUUUGCUCGAAGAAACAGCAGGAACAUUUCUUAUUCCUGGCACCGAGGAUACAAAAACUUGCAAUGAAUCAGUUAUGUUAACCUAUUGAUGUAACGUUAUUUUAAUUCUUUCAAAAUCUAGAAUCUUUUUAACGUGAAAGAUGCUGUCCCUGAGAGGCUUUUCUUUUUGUCCUUGAGGCACUUCGCACAUUCGUAGUAUAUAAAGUUUCUUGCGCAAGUUGUUAUGCCCGUUAUGUUGGAUUCCAUAAAAUGAUAGAAACCUGACCUCAAUCAACAGGUAAAACAUGUCUCCCUGUAGAUCCCUUUGCGUUAUUUAUCGAAACUUUCAGUACACAUGAUCGUUGACCCAUUGCCACGAACUUUGAUUUCAAUUGAACAACGAUUAAUUGUGAUGAUGACGGAUAUAGUAUUGUUUCUGCGACUAUCUUAGUUUUCAUUCUUAUCUCGUACAAAGCUCUUUUGUACAAGAACUCAACCAAACACCCCAGCUCCUGUCUAUGGUGAAGACGGUAGUAAGAUAUGGUAAUCUUGAUAAUGAUGAUUAAGCUUUGUGUCAACCCAAUAUGAAGCAAAAAGCAUACGGGUAAUAGCAUUUUGGUUGUUUGUCAUUUAGGAAGGUGUUCAACAUAAAUCGAAAAACAAAUCCGUUAGAACGGCUUAGUGUUGAAGGAAGGUGUAUUGAUUGCGAUUACAACGAAGAAUCGCGCUUGGGAUACAAAUGGAGACUGUCCUUGUUGAGUGAGAACGCCGAUGAAGCUCUUGACGACUCUUGGCAGGAGCAAACCGACUGGGAAGAUAAAACAACCGCAGGUUUAAACUCAAAGAGUUUGGUGAUUGAACCGGGAUGCCUGUCAGCAGGACGAAAGUACAGGCUGCAGCUGAAUGCGUGGAAACCUGGUGGAGAACCCGGAGGUUAUGUGAUUGAAGAGCUGAUCAUGAACGUUGCACCGGUGGGUGGCAAAUGUGAAGUACCUGUUAUCCGAGGCUUUGCAUUGGAAACUUCAUUCACCGUUGAAUGUGCAGGAUGGAAAGAUGACGAUCAGCCACUCAAUUACUUAAUAGGUAAAAGUUCUUUUAAACGAAGUCAACACUGCGCAGUAACCCGUUUUUUCCAACAAAUCAGCAAUCAGCUUAAAAGGGUCUGAGAAAAUGGUCACCUAAGGCAAAAUUGCUUUGACCUUUAAAUAAAUUCUUUCCACUAAAUCUUUAAGUAACUGUAUGGAAAUCAUUAAAGCCCUUGGGGGUACUCCCUAUAAUGGCCUAUAAGGGGAGGCUUCACCGAUAGGGGUACCUUUUCUGUCCAAAAUGGAAUAUCAAAGGGUGAGGGGUUGGAUCUCGGGACGAAGUCUCCCCGUAUUAAACUUUUUUGAGUACCCACCUGGGAGUUAAAGUGGCUUUGUCAUAAUGACUGAGUUCCAAAAUUCUAGCCUGACUAAAGCUGAGCUGAAAUUAUUACCAAGUAUUCUCGUUCAUCUCUUCUGAUAACUUAUUGGAACUCUAAAAGAAAGAUAUCAAAUGAUUCAAUCAGAGGGAAAAACAAAGCAUGAUCGGUUUUGCUCCUUCAACAAAUUUUAUUGUACCCAAAGCAGAAUAUUAUAGUUAUUUACAAGUUGUUAAAUUAAUCAAUUAACUAAAAGUGAUACUGACUUCCUGAAAAAACUAAUAAGUUAAAAAUGCCAAGAAGCCAGAUUCAGUAAGAUAAUUUAAAUAAGUUUAUUGUCCGGGGUACAAUAUGGCAGCAUAUCAGACUGUAUACACACAAUCACACAUACAUACACAUAUACACUAGCACGUAUUACUGUAAGAAGAGCGAAAAAGUAGGAUGGAAAUUACGAAGUACAAGAUUACUGCCAAUAUUUUGGUCAGUUGCGGACUGUACAGGAGUUUAAUUUGAAAAAGGUUGGUCCAAUUUGUUCAAGUUGCAAUCAGUUUCCAUCCUGGCCAUCGAAAGCCAAAGGCAUUCUGUCACAGCUGAGAUAAAGUGGUAGAGUAGUUUUGAAUAAAACUGCGAUGAAAAUUAAAAAAGUUCCGUCUCAGCCCCAAAGUGCCAAUUCAGCCCUGCAGGCCAAAGCCUGAUUCAGCCCCUCCUGGAGCCAUUUGAGCACAAUUUAAACCAACACGCUAUUCCAGCCCAAGCUGGGAUUCAUUUCAGCCCUUGGGUCCGAAUCAGCCCUAGGUAACUGGACUGUAUUGGCCCUGAUUAAGGGUGCCAAAUGAGACUCAAAAAUAAGACUGUAUUUUACUCACCGAAACGGCCCCAUUUUAAACGCUAAAACAGAUCUUUCUGAUUUACAGUGUGAACCCGUUUUUUUCUUCCUUUGAUACUAUGUGUUUUAGGGUUUUAAAGUAAAACCAAAAUCUUGUUUUGUUGUUUUUAAGAGCUGAAGAUUGGGGAUGAAAAUAUCCCCAUGGCAGCGGGUGUUGAAUCUAAGAUGGAGGCAAAUUUUCCUCUCGGAAAACCAGAGAAUAAUUAUACAGUUGAAGUCAUUGUUAGGGUGAUGGAUAACUACGAAUUGAGUGCAACAGCUGGGACUACUAUUGUUCAGGUAAGCGAGAAUAUUGGAAAUAUUGGGUGUAGAAAUACGUGUAUUACAAAACUUAGCGGGGCUCGGGGGAAGGUGGCCAAAAAUCUUGGGCGACUCUUCCCGUGGUUCGUUUUUUUAAGCAUUUUACUUUUUUUGCCGAUUUUCCGGAGUUCUGAGCUGGAACAAUUUUACGGGUGAACUUAAUUUUUUCCUAGAAAAGCAACAUUAGUUGUUUGCACUGCUGCGCAUAAACCUUGCACUAACUCGUCUUAAAGAGUUAACCAUCUGCCACUUUACAAAACCAGUUUUCUCUUUGUGACGCAGGAUGUUUUGCUAUGGGAUGUCUUCAAUCUUUAUUUGAUAUCCCACCAGAAACCUAUAAAACUGCGGAAAUGAAUCCUCGCGAAAUAAAAUUGAAAGAAGUGAAAUCAUCACACGAUUUGGAUUUUAGACAUGUCUUGCGAACUUAAAGUAUAAACAGGAGAAAUGAGGGUUUGACUGAUUCCAAAAGUAGACUCCGGACAACAUAUAUUACGUAGUAGAUUGUUGUCAUGGAUAGGCUUUUAUAGAUCGGCUCGCAAAAGUAGCAUGCCACUAACAGUGCUCGCAUAUUGCGAAAAUUUUGACCAUAAUCAUGCUAGAUUUUGUAAAUUAAAUUCAUUUCAGCAAAAAAUGCAGAAAUUAUGCCUUUACUUAUACUCUAAAUUUGGUAAAACACCUAAAUAACUAUGCAACAAGUAAACGGGAAACCCUAUUUACAACUAGCCCCUUUACUUCUGCAUAAAUUGUUAUAAAUUCCCUGGCUGUUAUCACUGUAUGCACUCGCUAUUGCGGACGCCAUCUUGGUUGUGAAGCCAUCUUGGUAACCAACAAGUUAUGCGCAUGCGUUAAGUCAUCUCGAAUGAGUCCUUGGUCACUUCCUACCCAGGUCCCAUUAAUGUGUUAAUAAGACGACAAAAAGUGAUUUUGUUACUGAAAUUUGUCUAUAACACUGGUUACGGUCAAAAAAGUCGGUUGCAUGAUCAAUAAAUAACAAUUUUGUGCAUCAAAACUAGUCAAAAGUGAACAUAAUGCUAGAAGUGCUUUUUUCAGAAGAUAGAUACAAAUUAUGCUCGUAAUGACGGACUAUGCCAAAAAUUAUGCUAGCACAAUCUAUCAAAGCCUAGUCAUGGGGACAGAAAACCAAAAUAGUAACUGAGACAUUGAAAACGAUAUACAUUAAAAUGCGCUUACAUCGACGGCGAAACAUCUUAGGUAAACAAAUGUACGACAACGCAUACAAGUGAAUAACUUGAAGUUGUUGGAAAAACACAUGCCUUGAUUUCUACUGCACAUGCCCGGCCGAUAUGCCCCACAGGAAACCCAUGCUGCGUAUGGUACAAACUCACAUAUUUUCUGUAGUAAGGUCGAUUGUUUUCAGAUUAGAACCAUUACUUUUACGUCCUUUCAGGUCUUAGAACCCGAUACAAUUGAUUACGACAAAGUAAUGGGGGACAUGACGAGCUCAUCAGACCAAGAAGGAGGUGAUCAGAAAGCCGUGCAACUCGCCACAGCUUGCAGCUCGGUGCUAAAUGCUAAGGCGGGUAAAGAAGAUGACGAUGCUUCGGCCCAGGGGGAGCGAGCUGCUGUGAGUUUUGUGACAUCAACUUCAACCGUUAUGUGAAUUUACAAAUAAAUUACAAAAAUAAAUUUAGGACAUGCCUGCAGAGAGCAAGUCUAGUCGAGGCAGGCUGGGCUUUUUUUACAAUUCUAUUCUGCGGUUUGAAGGAUAUCAGGUCGCGUUCCUUUAAAUGAUCUUUUAAAGGGUUCAGCUUUUGGUCUUUUCUUAAAGAAUUUGAGGUAUCCCGGUCCUAUUUUUGACCUCCAAAACGUCGUUGUUUGGGCUGGUGGAGUGCUCUCUGGCUUUUUGUAGCCUGCAAUCUUGAUCUAUUAUUCUUGGUUUGCAACCACGUGGAAAGGCGGCCAUGUUGGAGGUCAAUACAUAGAAUUUUUUUCUCGAAGAAUUUACAUAAAAAUAGAGUUCAGUUCCCAUAUGACGUCACGUGCAAACCAGCAAUAGAGCGUUUUCACUCAUCACGUGGCCAGCGGCUAUGCAAAUUUACUGGAACAGAAGAAAUUUUUUACAUAACAAAAAGUUUCUACUCCCACUGGAUUGGUUUUUGAAAAACCAACAUGGCCAACGUUUCAUUGUUUUGGGACAAUAUGGCGGAUGUGACGUUAUGUGAAAACGCUCUAUAGAGUCAAAAUUCAGUUAAGUGAACACCUUAAAAAGAGAGCAAGUCGAUAUUUGAAGGAAGAUCAUCUACAGAUGCAAAGUGCAUUUUUAAAGUCAGGGUCAUUUAUUGAAGGAAUCUACCAACAUCUGACUUCAUUGCAACGAAUUAAGAAUUAAGGCUUUUGAAUCUUUUAAUGACGGCAUUUACUUUGUGACCUCAGUUCAUGUUGUUGUUUCCCUUUCCCUCUGACUCAGGGCCAUAGUUUCCCUAGAAAAAAACUCCAUCCAACAAAUGGUCUUUUGGGGGGCUUCAUUACUAUGCGUCGCGUUUUGAAAACAACUAAAUCUUUUUUCGACUAAGUACAUUGAUUAAUUUUCUCCUCGUGUCACUAAAAAAAUGCUCCCUUAGGGAUAUGAAGAUGAAAUACGAGGCAAAUUUCCUCAGGCAACGUUCAUAAUAAUUUUUUUUGGUGAUUGUUGAAUGCAUGGCAUUGAACUUGAAGUUUCAAUCCACGUCCAUCCUUGGGAUCCGUUGCAAAGGACGACAGGAAACAGUUUCAAUACCUAUAUAUAUUCUAAAAUAACAAAACUGGACCAUUAUUUUUUGGAAUUUAAUUGAUGCAAAGACAAAAUUUAUCUUGUUAAAAAUAGCUUGAAUACCCAUUUUAACGGAGGCACAGGGGUUGAAAAACUCUUCACUUUUCAGUUUUUUAUCGAAUUGCAUCUUUUUUUUGCUUUCUUUCCGUUUUGCAGUUCCGCGGCCAAGUAGCGGGCGCAUUGAGUGAACUCCCUGUUAAAGAUUUUGACGGUGUAGCGAUGAAAGGAGAAGCUCUUAAUUCACUGACCCAAGCAACUGGGGAAAUCGACGAGGAUGCUCAAGUAUAUAAGCAUAUUUCACACACUUAUUAUUAGUUGGAAAAAAGUCAUUUUAAAAGUAUAUUAAGUGCACUCUUUUUUGUAUGGCUGAACCCGUGAACGGGCGGGCAGGAUGAGGCGAAUCCAUCAUGCCCGCUCGGGUUUUCCCAAUUUUUACCGGAAGAACAGAUUAUAGUCGGACAUAUAUAGUAAAUCCUUUACUGACCAAGCUCGUUCAGUCAAGAUGGCUGAAUAUUGGCUUCAGUUUUUCAUUAACCUCGACUUCGUCUCGGUCCAUAAAAACGCAAGAAAGAACUUGGCCAAUAUCCAGCUAUCUUGACAUCACGUUAGUCAAUACUGAGACAUAUCGUCCUGAUGAAGGUAGAAAAAAAAUGACUGAACAAUGGCUGGGAUGAACUACUGGUGUCCGUUUCAGGAAUGUGUACGGCUAGUUAGAGAGUUGUCGGGUAGAAAAGAGUUGACUGCCAUACGCGCACUGCUCAAAGGUGAAAAAGAGAUCCGUUUAACUUAUAGGUCUGUGCAGUAAAGUUAAGUCAGGCCUACUGAGCACUUCGAUUUAAGUAAACGCGAUACCUAAUCAGAAGAUUAGAUUUUCCACAUCUAUAUAUAUUUUUUUGCUCUUUCCUGUUGCUGGUGCUUACUCGAAAUUACCCCCUUUAUAUAAACUGGUCAUCAACUGCUUGCCUUCUGACCUAGCAUAACGCGUUGCUUUUACUAUAAUUUUUUUAACAGAACGCGUCAGUAAAGGCCUUGGACGAAAUGGGAGACUUCUUAUCAGGAAGCGACAGUGCGCGUGACGUGGAAAAUGUUGCAAAGAGCCUGGGUUCUGCUAUAGGGAAUGUAGUUGGAGCCUCUAUUGAAUCAUAUCAAAAAGCUGCUAAUGGAACUUCUGCAGGCGACCCGGUAAGAUAAGACCCGGUUCCAUAAGAUUUCUUUUCGUUAGAAUUUAAAAAUAAAUAAAUAAUAAAUAAAUAACCUCGUAUAACAAUCUGAUUAAAAAAGAAAACUAUAGUGGCGGGUUUAUGGGAAGGGGCCGGGAGAACGUCCUUCAAUUUUAUACCUAACCAAGGCCCUUAGGGCUGAGGAACAUGGUUUUUUUUCUCUAUAGCGACCCCCACCCCCCUCCCGCCCCCUUUCCACCCAUCUCUAGGUAGUUUGUUGAUCAUUGGUACGGUGAAUUUUCCUGUACAGAGCAAGAGUCAAAACAACACCAAAAACGCCCUUGGUGUUAUUGACAAAGUCAGCGGUGCUCUUCUAAAGCAGCUAGAGGCAGGAGGCAAACCCAAGGCCAUCUCCUCUCCGAAUCUGGACAUGUCUGUUGGUAGAAAGACCUUGGAUAGUAUAGGAGGAGCGGAUGAUGACGAGGAUGCAGAAGAGGGGGAAGGAAUGGGCGGGGUCAGGCUCCCCAAUCCUUUGGGACUGUUUGGACCAGCUAACGCGUCUGUUGAGGAGGGAGCUACGAGCGCUAUUGGUACAACGGUGAGUGAUGAAAUAAUGUUCGUCUGACGUCAGUUAGAUGUAAGUUGCGCUGUAAUAUUGCUCGUGAUUUAGAAGCUUUUCUCGUGUUCUCCCAACAUCCAGCGUGGGUUAUCACGCCGAUAAACCCAUGGAAAAAGUAGUCUAUUGCUUAAAUAACCAAGCUCUUUAAUCUUCUCUCUAAAGUCGACUCGACAUCUUACCAUAAAGUGGUAUUAUUAAGACAGGAGGUUGGGUGAUACUAAACAGAAAAAUUUCCAGGAACUAAAUUUUGCAAUAAUGUGACUCAUCAUUUGGCGCUUGCGGUUUGUUUUUUAAACGUCGGGUGUCUUUUUUUCCUUAAGCCCGGUUCAGACGCCGAACUAAUCAUGAGCCGAACCUAAUACAUUGAAUUAAGUACAUGGAAAGUUCGGCGUCUGAAUCAGUUAGGAACGCCUGUUUCAAUUUGUAACGGCUUAGCCGUUCUUUUCGCCUAGCCCGGCCGGGAAUUUCGCCUUUGGAGCUACUUUGGAACGGCUUUGAUUUUUUCAUGUACCGAACCUAAUGCAUAAAUUAUUAUAACGUAUUUUGUAAGCUGUUUGACCGAAAUGAGCAUUUUUCGCCUUUUGAAAUUGGUUCAGCUGCAAUUAAGAUCGGCGUCUGAAUCAAUUCAGCCGGUCUAAAUAAUUUGGGUCGGCCUUAUUUCAAAUUAGGUUCUGCUCUUGAAAAGUUCGGCGUCUGAACCGGGUCUUAGAAAGGUAGUUUUUGCCUUAUGCUUCCCUUCGUUUUUUUUUUAAUCAAAAAAAAGAAGAAAAAAAGAGGAAAAAAUAGUGUCAUCGCGACAGUUUUUUUGUUAAUACAGACUACCCAGAUGAAUACCCAGAUGCUGCAGUACAAACUAUCCAUUUUCGUUUACUUUUUUCAGCUUUCUGCCAUGGACAAGAACCCAUUUGCGUGGGAUAACAGCUCAAGUGAUCUUAACUCCAAAACUGUUGGCUUGUCACUCACCGAUGGAAACGGAAAACCGUUAGACCUAGCUGGACAGGAACUAGAAAUGUUUGUACCGCGAAAUCUGAAGAUAAACCCAGUGAAACCUAUGGAGUUAAACCACUUUGAAGACGGCGAUCCGCCCAUGCGAGUACACAAAUUUAAUCGGUCAAGCCUCGACGCGGGGAUAGCCGUAGAGAUAAAGACUUUCCAUCCGGGUAUUCGGUUCAUGGUGGCGGUGAGGUAUGACAAGAAACCGACCGCCAAUCAUUAUGAUUACGCGCAUACGUUUCCAACUCUGGAGGAGUCCAAGAAAAUGAAGAAGAGACCACAUCCAUUCACCUACGUGAUUCCUCAUACACUGAUCAACACGCUUUUGUUUGGAAACAAAAAUGAAAGCGACAAUGAUACGAAAGCCGAUGCGUCACAAAAUAUCACCAUCAAACAGUUUUAUCUGGGUGUGAAAGCUGUAAACAAGGAUUCAUUAGGCGACGUUAACACGAGUUACGCAUUGCGUAUCUACCUGCCUGCUUGCAAAAUGUUUGACGAGGAAACUAACACUUGGACAUCGAAAGGCUGUAAGGUAGGUUUAAAUUAUCGUGUUUAAUUUAGUACAUUUUUAAAAACGAUAUUUUAAUUGUUUUUGAUGUGGAUACGUGUACAGUAAAUCCUCUAUUAAGCCCCCUAUUUGAGGGGGGCUUAAUAGAAACGGGUGGCUUAUUUGGGAGGAGGGGGGGCUUAUUUAAUUUUAGAAAAAACAAUGGUAUCAGUUGUCCACAAAGAACAAGAACACAAAGGGGAGAAGCUCAAGAACAAAAUGGUUGGAGUUCAUGCAGCCGAGGAUCAGAAUCAAAUCCAAAUUUCCAGUUGGUAAAUAAACCAUCCUGGAUCAGUCUACGCGAAGUUUUAGAGGGGAGGCGGGGGGGCUUAUUAACUUUCUCCCCCUGAAAAAGGGGGGGCUUAGUAGAGGAUUUACUGUAUUUACCUUUAUGACUCUAACGUUUGGAUGAAAUUUCGAGUAAUCUUGCGCAUUCACGGUCAACGGAACACCUAAACGCACGAAUUUUCUACCGGUCGAAAAUUCGUCCGUCGCCGUCUGAACAUAGCCUGAGACAAACUUCGACCAUGUAAGCCUUGCGACCUGCAUGCGUCUUUACUGUUUAUCUUUCCUUUUAACAGGUUGGCCCUAAAACCAUCGUUAACAGCACACACUGCUUGUGUAAACCAGGCGAGGAAGAAGAAGUGGAGGAGGAAGUGGAUGAUGAAGAAGCUACCACAGUAACACCAGCAACAACUGCUGCCGCAGCUCCUGCAAGCGGUCAAGACCAAACACCCGCUAAGAAGGUCAUCAAACGAAGGCGGUUUAAGAGAAGUGUCAACAAAAUUUCCAUUGCAAGUAAGUGUAAACGUCAUAAAUAACCAGGAGUUGGAAAGUUUACAAAACUGCUGGCUUAAUUCAAAUCCUCUUGGGAAUUAGCAACUGUUAUUUUAAAAAUUUGUUGAAACAUCCGUAACCGUUUAAGUAAAGUCUCUAAAUCAAUUUUACCGUGUUCGACUAGAGGUAUUCUAAGUCAGGCAAAUUAGCCCGCUUGUCUAAACCCAAAACAGUUUUCUCGCUGGCUUUUGAUUUGGGCUGGACAAUACCUUAUGUGAGAGACCUCUCAGAUGAUCGUAACAAAGUGCGCACGUCAAUCCUCAAUUUUUAACCCAUUUCUCGGUGAUUGUAUACCCUAAAGAAACUCUGCCAGUAUUAAUUUGCUCCGAAGCAUUGACUGUAUUAUACUAUUGCUUGUUGCUUUUCUUUUUAACGUUGACAUGAUGUCUCUGUACUAACUUUCAGAACUGACACUCAACAAAAACACUGAAAACUUCAUCAAAUUAACCAUUUUGCAGGUAGCAUGUUCGUGGCACCCAAUCCGAUUGAUUUUAACAAAGUGUUUAACGCCAAUCUGGCGGAGAACCCUGUCGCUCUUGCUGCUGUAUUGGGGAUAUUUGGAGUAUAUUUGAUUCUGGCUGUUUAUGCUCGUAGAGAGGACAAGAAUGAGGCAGGAGGCAAACCCAAGGCCAUCUCCUCUCCGAAUCUGGACAUGUCUGUUGGUAGAAAGACCUUGGAUAGUAUAGGAGGAGCGGAUGAUGACGAGGAUGCAGAAGAGGGGGAAGGAAUGGGCGGGGUCAGGCUCCCCAAUCCUUUGGGACUGUUUGGACCAGCUAACGCGUCUGUUGAGGAGGGAGCUACGAGCGCUAUUGGUACAACGGUGAGUGAUGAAAUAAUGUUCGUCUGACGUCAGUUAGAUGUAAGUUGCGCUGUAAUAUUGCUCGUGAUUUAGAAGCUUUUCUCGUGUUCUCCCAACAUCCAGCGUGGGUUAUCACGCCGAUAAACCCAUGGAAAAAGUAGUCUAUUGCUUAAAUAACCAAGCUCUUUAAUCUUCUCUCUAAAGUCGACUCGACAUCUUACCAUAAAGUGGUAUUAUUAAGACAGGAGGUUGGGUGAUACUAAACAGAAAAAUUUCCAGGAACUAAAUUUUGCAAUAAUGUGACUCAUCAUUUGGCGCUUGCGGUUUGUUUUUUAAACGUCGGGUGUCUUUUUUUCCUUAAGCCCGGUUCAGACGCCGAACUAAUCAUGAGCCGAACCUAAUACAUUGAAUUAAGUACAUGGAAAGUUCGGCGUCUGAAUCAGUUAGGAACGCCUGUUUCAAUUUGUAACGGCUUAGCCGUUCUUUUCGCCUAGCCCGGCCGGGAAUUUCGCCUUUGGAGCUACUUUGGAACGGCUUUGAUUUUUUCAUGUACCGAACCUAAUGCAUAAAUUAUUAUAACGUAUUUUGUAAGCUGUUUGACCGAAAUGAGCAUUUUUCGCCUUUUGAAAUUGGUUCAGCUGCAAUUAAGAUCGGCGUCUGAAUCAAUUCAGCCGGUCUAAAUAAUUUGGGUCGGCCUUAUUUCAAAUUAGGUUCUGCUCUUGAAAAGUUCGGCGUCUGAACCGGGUCUUAGAAAGGUAGUUUUUGCCUUAUGCUUCCCUUCGUUUUUUUUUUAAUCAAAAAAAAGAAGAAAAAAAGAGGAAAAAAUAGUGUCAUCGCGACAGUUUUUUUGUUAAUACAGACUACCCAGAUGAAUACCCAGAUGCUGCAGUACAAACUAUCCAUUUUCGUUUACUUUUUUCAGCUUUCUGCCAUGGACAAGAACCCAUUUGCGUGGGAUAACAGCUCAAGUGAUCUUAACUCCAAAACUGUUGGCUUGUCACUCACCGAUGGAAACGGAAAACCGUUAGACCUAGCUGGACAGGAACUAGAAAUGUUUGUACCGCGAAAUCUGAAGAUAAACCCAGUGAAACCUAUGGAGUUAAACCACUUUGAAGACGGCGAUCCGCCCAUGCGAGUACACAAAUUUAAUCGGUCAAGCCUCGACGCGGGGAUAGCCGUAGAGAUAAAGACUUUCCAUCCGGGUAUUCGGUUCAUGGUGGCGGUGAGGUAUGACAAGAAACCGACCGCCAAUCAUUAUGAUUACGCGCAUACGUUUCCAACUCUGGAGGAGUCCAAGAAAAUGAAGAAGAGACCACAUCCAUUCACCUACGUGAUUCCUCAUACACUGAUCAACACGCUUUUGUUUGGAAACAAAAAUGAAAGCGACAAUGAUACGAAAGCCGAUGCGUCACAAAAUAUCACCAUCAAACAGUUUUAUCUGGGUGUGAAAGCUGUAAACAAGGAUUCAUUAGGCGACGUUAACACGAGUUACGCAUUGCGUAUCUACCUGCCUGCUUGCAAAAUGUUUGACGAGGAAACUAACACUUGGACAUCGAAAGGCUGUAAGGUAGGUUUAAAUUAUCGUGUUUAAUUUAGUACAUUUUUAAAAACGAUAUUUUAAUUGUUUUUGAUGUGGAUACGUGUACAGUAAAUCCUCUAUUAAGCCCCCUAUUUGAGGGGGGCUUAAUAGAAACGGGUGGCUUAUUUGGGAGGAGGGGGGGCUUAUUUAAUUUUAGAAAAAACAAUGGUAUCAGUUGUCCACAAAGAACAAGAACACAAAGGGGAGAAGCUCAAGAACAAAAUGGUUGGAGUUCAUGCAGCCGAGGAUCAGAAUCAAAUCCAAAUUUCCAGUUGGUAAAUAAACCAUCCUGGAUCAGUCUACGCGAAGUUUUAGAGGGGAGGCGGGGGGGCUUAUUAACUUUCUCCCCCUGAAAAAGGGGGGGCUUAGUAGAGGAUUUACUGUAUUUACCUUUAUGACUCUAACGUUUGGAUGAAAUUUCGAGUAAUCUUGCGCAUUCACGGUCAACGGAACACCUAAACGCACGAAUUUUCUACCGGUCGAAAAUUCGUCCGUCGCCGUCUGAACAUAGCCUGAGACAAACUUCGACCAUGUAAGCCUUGCGACCUGCAUGCGUCUUUACUGUUUAUCUUUCCUUUUAACAGGUUGGCCCUAAAACCAUCGUUAACAGCACACACUGCUUGUGUAAACCAGGCGAGGAAGAAGAAGUGGAGGAGGAAGUGGAUGAUGAAGAAGCUACCACAGUAACACCAGCAACAACUGCUGCCGCAGCUCCUGCAAGCGGUCAAGACCAAACACCCGCUAAGAAGGUCAUCAAACGAAGGCGGUUUAAGAGAAGUGUCAACAAAAUUUCCAUUGCAAGUAAGUGUAAACGUAAUAAAUAACCAGUAGUUGGAAAGUUUACAAAACUGUUGGCUUAAUUCAAAUCCUCUUGGGAAUAAGCAACUGUUAUUUUAAAAAUUUGUUGAAACAUCCGUAACCGUUUAAGGAAAGUCUCUAAAUCAAUUUUACCGUUGUCGAAAAGUGUUCAACUAGAGGUAUUCUAAGUCAGCUAAUUAGCCCGCUCGUCUAAACCCAAAACAGUUUUCUCGCUGGCUUUUGAUUUGGGCUGGACAAUACCUUAUGUGAGAGACUUCUCAGAUGAUCGUAACAAAGUGCGCACGUCAAUCCUCAAUUUUUAACCCAUUUCUCGGUGAUUGUAUACCCUAAAGAAACUCUGCCAGUAUUAAUUUGCUCCGAAGCAUUGACUGUAUUAUACUAUUGCUUGUUGCUUUUCUUUUUAACGUUGACAUGAUGUCUCUGUACUAACUUUCAGAACUGACACUCAACAAAAACACUGAAAACUUCAUCAAAUUAACCAUUUUGCAGGUAGCAUGUUCGUGGCACCCAAUCCGAUUGAUUUUAACAAAGUGUUUAACGCCAAUCUGGCGGAGAACCCUGUCGCUCUUGCUGCUGUAUUGGGGAUAUUUGGAGUAUAUUUGAUUCUGGCUGUUUAUGCUCGUAGAGAGGACAAGAAAGACAUUGGAAAGGUAUUGAGGCGUUUGCUUAAGGGUUGUUUGAAUUCGUGUUGUACGGAUUAUUACUCCAGUUGGUAGCCCUAGAAAACAGUCAACAUAAAUUCGUGAUGCCAAACACUGGUUUCCUCGCUAAAUUUUGUCGGAGGAACGCACGCAGAAACUCCGUACUGACGUAUCCCUCACUACCCAGAUCUAGAUAGUGCUUCUGAUUGGUCGUGCCGUGAGGGAAACUUGUUUUAACCAAUAGGAAGCACUUACCAGAUCUGGGUAGAGCCAGGUCAUUAGUACGGGGUUUCGAAAGCGGAGAAAACCAGUGGUAGCUUUGCAAAAUGUCAGCUGUUUGUUCAGGCAGGCUAUCCAGUUGGGGAAUGCUUAGCCCAAAGGUGCUAUUAUCACAUUUAUAAAACAAGACUUUGUACCGUUUCUUAUUUACCUAAGAAAAAGGUUCAGCAAAGAACAAAGGAAAGCCACUAAUAACAUUCUUGGUUCAGUAAACUUAUCUCAAAACAGCUGAGCACAUGAGAUACUGGCUUCAGAAGUUUUUUUACUCGAACAAACUUGACAAGGCCGAGUGUUGCCAUGGCACCUAUCUCUUGCCAAGCAAGGCGUAAGACUUGCUUCAUCUAGCUCGGCCCCAAAGCCAGCCACAAAUCAACUACUAAAUUUGCUCAUCGUCUAAAUGUCCAAUAUUCAUUUUGUGUUGAAGGUUGGAGUGACUCCUCUCGAAGACAACGAGCCAUUUGAUCGACAGCACUAUGAAAUUACAGUGUAUACGGGUUACGGUAAGAGGGCAGCCACUACAGCUGAGGUGAGCUUUAUUCUGUCGGGUGACGAAGGAGAAAGCGAGCCUCGUCUUCUGAAGGAUCCAAAGCGAAAGAUGUUUCAACGGCGCGGUGUUGACGUGUUUCUGGCAACGUUUCCUGAAAGCCUCGGGGAGCUUAACUAUUUACACAUAUGGCACAAUAAUGCAGGCAAGUUUUUUAAUCUUUGUGUUUACUCUUAAAACUUGUUACUCUGUACGUAAAGGCAACUACUACUGGUGUUACCUCUUAAAAAUAAAACGUCGAGAAACUCGUGCAUAUUAUGGAUAGAUGGUACGCCUCUAGCAGCCUUCAGUCUUAGGCAAUAGACUGGUUAGGGAUUUUAAACUUUCCCUUUAUUUCUUGGAAACAUCUAGGCUGUUACAAACCCUUAGAUCGUGGAGUAGUAGUUGCUGUUAGGAAAAUGCACGAUUGCUGAUGUUGACUUCUGCUUCAUGCAAUCUUACGACAAAUUUUAUCUACACCUUUUGUAGAGGAACACUAAAACAUCCUGUUAUUUUCAGUUUACUGAGCCCUAUCCUGAUACGUCUUAACUUCUUCUUGACAGGUCGAUCCCCGUCUUGGUAUGUCAGUCGGGUAGUCGUGCACGACCUGAACAGUGACAAGAAAUACCUGUUUAUCUGCGAGGGAUGGCUAGCAGUGGAAGAGGGUGAUGGUACAGUAGACAGACUAAUUCCAGUCGCCGGCCAUGAGGAGAUGACAAGCUUCAACCACUUGUUUUACUCCACCACACAGAAGAAUUUAGCAGACGGCCACCUGUGGUUCUCAGUGUUCAUUCGCCCGGCCAGAAGUCGUUUCACGCGACUCCAGCGCAUAAGCUGUUGCUUAACACUGCUGUACUGUUCCAUGAUCACAAACGCCAUGUUUUAUCAGGUGGGAGGGGAGAGUGAUCCAGCUACCACGCUACAUAUAGGACCUUUAGCGUUUAGCCCUGCACAGAUUGGAAUCGGCAUCAUGAGUAGUCUAAUCAUCAUUCCUGUGAAUAUUUUAAUCGUGGGGAUAUUCAGAAACGUUGAGGCCAAACCAACAAAAGAGGAACUGAAAGAAAGGCGCAAAAAUAGAACUUGUUGGUGGUUCCAAGAGUUAUUUUUCUGCCUGUUCGACUUCAACAAGAGUAACAAGAACGAUUUUAUUGAGAUUUUGCACACGGGUUCGAAACAAGAACAAUUCCUAGACUUUGCCUCCUCCAGUACAAACUUGGCACAAAACGAUCAGAUUGGGAUGGGUUCUGGCGUAGAAUCCGAAGACAUCAGCUUCCGAAUUUCCAAGCAAGAGCGAAAGGAAGAAGCAGAAAAGAAGAAGAAGAAAAAGAAAAAGAAGAAGUUGCUUCCUUACUGGUUCCUUUACAUCGCCUGGGUGAUUUGUUUUUUGACUUGUUUUACCACGGCUUUUUUCUGCGUGCUCUACGGAUUGCAGUUUGGUAAAGAAAAGUCUGCUCAGUGGAUCUCUUCCAUGUUAAUAUCGUUCUUUCAAGACGUACUGAUCAGUCAGCCCAUUAAAAUCCUUGGAAUCGCUCUCAUCAUCGCUGUUAUUAUCAAGAAACCAGCAGAAGAAGAGGAGGAGGAGGGCAGUGACAAGAAAAAACUGGAAGACGAAGAUUGGUUGCAUGAUAGCCCCAGAGGUCAGGGAGUGAUGUACUAAUGAGCGGAUAAAACGAACCCAUUCUGUAGUUCAUAUAUUUAACAUUGGAGGCGGGAAAAUCUAAAUUAUAAAAUCCUUUAGCAUAAUACGAAAUAUAUAGUUACGGUAUAGAAACGCAAAGCAAAUUGUACGUAAUUUGGCCCUGUAAAUUGGUUUUAAAUUACCAAUGGAUCUACUACCUCGGCCAUUAAUCGUUGGAACACUUGACACCUCACUACCCUGUACCCCGCCCCCAUCACAAAGGUGGGAAAAACCGAGAGUUUUGCCAGUGAAUGUUCAAACACCAACCAUUGUCAACUUUGUGAAGGGGCAACAAGGAGAGUCCCAUGAAGUAUUUCAACUAUUUCGACCAGGGUUGUAGAUGCUUGAAUCUAGAUGACAAAGAAAAACUAGAUAAAGUUGUAAAAACAACUCAUCUUGAUAGCGGAGUAUAUGUCUUUUUCAGAGACGACAGACAGAAGAGUGAAACCGAAGACUCUUAUUCGUCUUCAACCACCUGACAAAGACAAGCUGGAGCAGGCUAGACAAAUCAGGUAUGGUUUUUAAUUGCCAGUGUCUUCUAAUCUUAUUCUUUUGUGCAUAUUUGUAAUUGUCUGGGAGCUUUGCUAGCCUUCUAAUGAGAAUUUUUUAGACCAUUUCCUCUCAAAAGGUGUUGAAUUCGAAAGAACCGUGCCUUGUUUCAAACGUUUCUUGCAAGGUAACGAUUACUCAGUUUUGCUGUGAUAAAGAUUUGCUUAAGAAAGCUGCAGUAGAAGGUCAUCCUUGAAACGUACAUCACUCUCAAUAAAUCGUUGAAGAGUUGAUCUUUACAUGGAAGGAGCAAAUCACUUGAUACUAUUCUCAACCACCUCAAACAAGAGACCACGCUGUCUAGCAUGCCGUGAGCACAAUGCUAUAAAUAAGAGACCAAGAGAUCAACCAAUCAUAGACUAUCUGACAAAGGCUCUUUUUCAAUCAUUUUCAAGGUUCAAAGAAAUGAAGAUGAACGCAAUUAUCAAGGAAGUUGCUCUCUACGUGUUUUUCGUGGCCUGUUUGUGCAUCGUCAGUUAUUCUCAUCGAGAUCCAAAAUCAUUCGCUUUUAGAAAAACAAUGUAUGACACGUUCGUGGACGGAGUGUAUGGAGGAAAGAAAACAUUUUCAGCGGUAAGUUUUUCUCUCAAUGUGAACGAAUUACUAAUUACUUCCCUCGCUUAACCAAUUUAUUCGCACACGAGGCUAGUACCCAGGGUUCUAGUGGAUUUAGUAAGACAUUUUUUGACAGAGCAUGGAAAAGAUUUCAGAUGUGCCAAUUAAAGUUUUAAGAACGGUAUUCUAAUUUUCGUGGACGAACAAACUUAAUCUCCGCACCAGUUACUUCUUUUAUGCUCACAUUUUCAAUUUGUUGUUGUCGGCAAAUCAAUAACAUCAAAGGAAAGGAAACCUCAAAAACACUAUCUUUAUUGUGAAAGGUUUGAACCCAGGAGUCAUUUCAAAAGUAGGUUGAGUUUGAUUGUCCGGGAAAACGUAGUCCUGAAUAGGACUGUUGUUGUUGACAGUGACUGACGUUUCGACAACCUCUGCGGUAGUCAUCUUCAGAGUCAAAGUGAGUUGUAUCACGUCAGUUGAUGGUAUUAUACUCUGGUUAUUGAUCUGAUUGGUCAAUUAUCUUUAUUGAUAAGCACUUAGGAUCAUUUAAGUAGUAGUUGAUCUCAUAAAAUAGUAAGCUCGUAAGUGAACCAAUAGCGGCUGGCACCGUUGUUCUUUCAUCCGCGAAAUUGCCAUAAACAUUACCACUUGUAUUUCUUCCCCGUAGAUCGGGAGUCGUGAGAACUUUUAUACUUACGCCAAGACCACGCUGAUGAACGCGCUCUACACCACAUCCUGGUACAAUGGGAAUGCCACUGAUGCCGGAUUCACACCAGAAAUGAUGGCCUACAUUAUUGGAAUGGCGAGACUAAGACAACUCCGAGUUCAAAACCGUGAGUAAUCUCCAAAGAUCUUUGUUAGCCAAGAUUGCACCUGUUAAGACAAUACUCUCAAAAUCAAAAUGUUUAAUUUUUCUAAUAUUUUAAAAUGAUAAUAAUAAAAACAAAUAGCAGUUUUCGAAAAUUCUAGCGAAGACGAUUUAUCGGAAUGAUCACACCGUACGUUAACUGACUUUAAAGCUGGAGGUAUACACGACAAGCACAGAUGGGCCUAGCUGGUCUGCAAGGUUGGAGCAACUCUUUCUCUUCCUUUCAUACCUUUCACCAUUCAGCCGAAAGGACGGAAUAUCAUUUUCAGUUUUAUUUGAAUUUGCACAUUACAUACAUCUUGCGUGCGCCUCGAUGAUUUCUGUCCAUGGUAUUGCGAACUACUGUGGCGGUAAAGUUUUUUCAAAAAUCCGGCUUACAACGGUUUUUCUCACACUGAAGAAGGGUCAUAAACCCGAAGCGUUUGUGUUUUUUAAAAAAUAUUUGACGCUUUAGUUGUUGAUAUUUCUUUACCGAAUAUCACCUCAUCAGCCCUGAUCCCAGUCUAUCUCAGCCUGCGAACAGAGCCCCCUUUUGUCUUCUUCUCUGAGGAGUUGAAAUCGAGGCUCUUCGUGAAUCGCGUCAAGCCUUUGAAAUCGACGAAGCCCAACUUCUGCACUAGACAUUCUUGUUUUCUGUUGUCAAAUUGAACUUAUUUUUCGUGUGCUGGAAUCCGUUUAUUGAUAAACCGUUUGCUUGUUUUUUUUUUAUUUCACAAAACUCUUUGUGAUUCUAAUUAUGGUUUUGCUCACCGUUGGAAAGAAAGGUUCAAAACAUGCAGGGACUAUAAAAUUACUUUUCUGUCGUAGCCUCUAAACGUCUGUAAAACGUUUCACUAUGAUUUUAUAAACAGAGAGCUGUGAGGUGGCACCGGAUUUCAGGUCUUAUCUAGGCGAGUGCAAUACCUGGUACGGGUUCAUGUCCGAAGAUAAGGGUCAGUAUGAUGUUGGCUGGCAGCCACUCAAGAACGAAUCACUUUAUAAUCCUCCUUUCACCUACGAAGCCUGGGAAUUCAACACAUCAGAUGAACUGGACACUAUACCUAUGAUGGGUAAGUUAACUUUAUUCAAGUUUUGGUCUCUUGUUGCUCUCGACCUGGUCUCUUUCGUGUUUUAACCUUGUAUGUUUCGGGCAUUCUCCAAUAAAGAGAGCCGAAGGAUAGGCUAAGGAGAGUAUUGUGAGAUUAAGCGAGUGAAACUUGCACUUCCCCUUUACCUGAUAGUACGUAAAAUGACCUUCGACUGAAGCAAACUACAAACUACCACGCUUUUACCGACUCUAACUAAAAUUUUUAGGAGUUCACUAAAGUAAGAGUGGUCCAGUUUCGAGUUCGUCUUGACUGCUGCAUCAAAUCAGUGAAGACACCUUUUGACAGGGUUAGCCCCCAUUUAAAGCGAUUAUGCUCCGCAUAAAUUCAAGCUAGAAGAUCGUUUACAACUUGUCUAUUAUUUAUUUUCAAAUUUUCACAUACACUUUCCUGCCGGUAUUUCCCACUUCAGAAACUCAAGAAAGAAUGGUUACAAGCUUUGGGUGCAGUAAUUUCUGGGGACCUUGAGGUGAAUAAGCGUCAGUUGGUGAUUGGCCAGUGGUAUUCAAGGCAAAGAUUCACAAAUUAUAAAUUACGUUUUUCCACCCAAACGAUGCGAGAAACUCUUUGCGCCAAAAACUUGUACUCAUUCCCCCUAUAGGUUCGACCCAGGAGUGGGAAAUUUGGGAAUGUGGGGAUGUUUGACUGUCGGUCGUUUCAUGAUAUGUCACUGGUGUUAAUUUUAAUUCGGAAAAAGACAUUUAAUUAUAUACCUAUGUAGUAAUUAUUUAAUUUCUAAUUUUUAGGAUACGUGUCGACUUACGGCGGUGGAGGAUUUGUGGCAGAUUUAGGGCACUCGAAAGACAAUGCAACAAAAAUUAUUGAAACACUUGAAAGAAACAAAUGGAUUGACACUCAAACCCGUGCAGUCAUCACAGAGGUAACCACUUACAAUCCAGUGGCAAACCUGUUUUGUGCUUUGACUCUGGUGGUAGAAUUUCUUCCAACAAACGGGAUUUUUCUCUUCACCGACCUGAAGAUAGCGCGCCUUUUUACUUUCGGCGGAAGUUUCGAAUCAUUUCUCAUAGCGUGCGAGUUCUUUAUCUUGCUCUUCUUUGCCGUGUUCAUCUACCAGGAACUAAAGCAGCUUUACAGACUACGCAAGGGCUACUUUAAAGAGUUCUGGAACUACGUGGAGUUCGCCAUGAUCAUUUUGGUAUUCACUUGUGUGGGAAUGUUUUUCACGCGCACGAUGCUUGUCAGCAAGGCGAUUGCCAGCUUGGAAGCCAACCAUGGCAAAUACGUCAGUUUUAGCCGAGUAACGUCCUGGAAUGAAAUCUUCAUGUACAUGGUUGCCCUGGUGGUCUUCACGGCGUGGAUCAAAGCAAUAAAGCUUCUUCGCUUCAAUCGUCGCAUAACCAUCCUCGCACAAACUCUGAGAGGUUCCGCGGGACCUUUGGCUGCUUUCUCAGUGGUAUUUUUGGUGUUUUUCUUCUCCUAUUCCCUGUUCGCUUUUGCCGUGUUUGGCCAAGAUUUGACUGAAUUCUAUAACUUUGUCUCGACGUGCGAGACCGUCAUGGGAAUUCUUCUUGGGUCUUUCGAUUACACGGCCCUCGAAGAGGCGGCUCCGGUUCUGGGUCCCUUAUUCUUCUUCUCAUUUAUGGUCUUUGGCACUUUCAUUUUGAUGAAUAUGUUCCUAACCAUCGUACUAGACGUGUUCUCUGAAGUGAAAGAGUCCAUCGAUGGACAGGAAAAUGAGUACGAAAUUGUAGACUUUAUGAUCAAGCGCUUCAGGAAGUUUACUGGAAUGCAGCCGAACAAGAUCUCCGCCACUGAAGAGACGCCCGAGAAAAAGAACCUGGAGGGGGAGGACAUAACGAAAGAUUUGAUGGCCUUAAAAAACAAGCGUCAUAAAUCUAAAACGAAACGAAAGUUCCAAGCGAUGGAUCUGGUGGCUCAGCGCUUCACCAGACUGGAGUCAUCCUUAAGCGGCGUUUACUGCGAGGAGUGGGCUGAAGAAAGGCUACUUGAUCAUAUCGUGGAGCGGCGAUGGGGGAUAAACACAGAAGCUGCCUAUGCCGUGGCAGACGCCGAAUUCAAGGAAGAGCAGCAUAUGGAACAGCUGCGUCUUGAUAUGUACGCGGCGGCCGAGAGGUACGAUCCUGACGAUGACAGAGGUACGGUCAAUCUCAGUUUUGAGGAGAGUCCUUUUAUGAAGGACAGGUACGAUCCAUGGAAUUCUACAGAUGCCUGAGGAUUUUGAAGCUUUUUCACGAAAAUGUAACAUUGAUCAUAAAGUGCCAAUAAGCUUAACUGAUAUGUUAAGAGGGUAGAUGCGACCAUUAUUUAAAACGUUAACACAC